AAAAAAAAAACAACAAAGAUAUACAUUUAUAAAUAUAACAGACACCACUCCAAUCCAUCCUGAACUACAAUCCCAACGAGAUAAAUGCUCAGGAACAGACUGGGAAGCAUAACAGAAUUAAAUGAAUAGAGGAAAAUUUGCAGUGUUUUUUGUGGCCGCCUGUGUCAUAUGCUUGUCUACAGUAAUCGAUGCCCUGCCGUUGCCUCCGGCCGUGAAGAGCUCCAAACGCGCCACCGUCGAUUGGUUCAAUAUCUCGAGGAGUAGCGAAAAGCCUCUUCAGCAGUCUGGAAACGCAGCGCAAAUUUCCAGGACAUUUAAUGCCACUACGACAAAACCGGCCUAUAUAUGGAGGAAGAUGCGCCUGACAGGUGCCGCGGCGGAGAUAGUGACAGCCAGAGCAAACGCUCCAUCAAACAACACAACAACAAAGCGGUCGGCAAAGAACGUCAUGAUGAUAGCUCAUCCUCGGGCCGUUCGCACUGACAUCCAGUCGACCAGCACUCCUGAGGAAACAGAAAUGACCAUAGCCAUACCGAAAUUCACGAUGGACAGUCUGGGCAACUGGUUGUACAAUCCAUGGGCUGCCACUUUUGGCAAUAUCUUUAAGGACACCCGGUUUCUUCUGAGCAAGCGGUUUACAGUGCCGCGCUUGCGCAUCCACUCCAACAUUGUCACUAAUUACUAUCCUCCGAGUCGCAAACUGAGCACCGUCUGCAUGACCAAGUCGACUGCUUACACAGUUGGCAAAGUUGAGGCUUGGCUGGGCCGUCACGUCUACAACAAAACCCACUCGCAGAGACCUAUUUACCUCGAACUCCGGCGUGAAAUGUAUGAAUUAGGCAGGUCUGAGGAGUGCCAUACAGCAGAGUUCAAUACUUGGAAGUCGUACAUCGAAUGUGCUGUACUUCGCAACCAGCGCAUGGAAUCCAGAGUGCCGCACUAUCCGUUUCAUCAAAUAAUUGAGGAUCAUCGUGAAUACAGGCGGUUGAAUAUACACGAAUAAACACAAUGCUUUAUUAUGCUUAAAGCUUGCCUUCAAA